AUGUCAAUUAAUAAUGUGUGCGAAGAGUUUGAUACUUUUUGGAAGUUUUUUCGCGAUGGGUUGAAAGAAUAUAAAUAUGAUUUUAAUAAUGGAACAUUUAAGAAAUAUUGUCCUAGUAAUAGUUGUGUUGCUGAUACCGAUAUACUUAACGCUGGUUGUUUAUGGUUAUUUAAUCAAUUUUUCGGUAAAGCUGGUAUUUCACUUUAUCAUAAUACUUAUAAGGAUGCGACUGUAUGUGUUAUGAUAUGGUUAAGCUAUAAAUUAAAUCAAAAAACAGAACAUGCGACCACCAAAUUAAGCGAUUUUUAUACUAAUUAUAUACAAAAUAGCACAGAGUACGCUACCCAUAAGCCUAAUGAUGAAACAUAUGACAGUUAUAUUAAAAUUUUAGAUGAAAUAAAGGAAUAUAUGGAUAUUAAUAUUAAUCAUAUGUCUAAAUUUUAUGAAUUGCUUAAAUUAUUAUGUAAUAUGAAUACUGCUUAUAAUGGUAAAAAUAGUAGCAAAAUUUUAGAUUAUGCUAAUAAAUUUGGUGAAGAAUAUGGAAAACUCCUUAAUGAUAAUGAUAAUAAUAUUGACGAUAGUUCAUACAGUAAAGUAUUAAGUGUUUUAUCCAAAUGUUAUGAUAAUUUUGGAGACUACACACUUCUUAAUAAUACACCAAUAAACCGUCCUCCAUUACCAACAAAAAAAACACCCCAACAAGUUAAUCAAGAAGUUCCUAAAGAAAUUAAAACAACUGAAACAUCGAGUGGAUCAGAUAAAUUAGACACUGAAACAACCCUAAGUUCUAACAUUACAUUAUCAGAAUCAUCACUAGUAAAUAAAUUAAUUCCAAUUUUAUCGAUAUUAGUUGCAAUACCAAUGUUCUUGGGAAUUGCUUAUAAGUAUUCGUUAUUUGGAUUUCGGAAACGAUUUCAAAAACAAAAAUUAAGAGAAAAGCUAAAAAAAUAA